UAUGUGCUGUAAAUUGUUUCGACUUGUUACGCAGGUUUUUUGCAUUCUGACUGGUUCUUUGCGCUGUUUAUACAAUUUUUAUGGUGCAGCUGUGAUUUCAGACCUUGUGGUUCUUCUUUAUCUACAAAGGUUUGCAGACUGCGGGAAAUAUCCGUGAUGCUUAGGAAAUCCGUGCUGAAACGAGGUCUCCGCUGAUUAACUGGGAAUUUGUCGGGACGUACGAUGGUAAUAUUUUCCUUAACGACCACAUCAAGCUGGACGAAAGGUGGUGCAUCCGGGAACGCAAGAGGAUCACAAGCGGCCGCUAGAGAAUAUAUCCAAAAUCCCAACGCGUCAGCAUUCGUGGCGUCCCGCGAUGAACAGGCGCUAGCGACAUUCAACACAUCCAGCAGAACAUAUCUUCCUUGCCACGAGGCACUUUUUAAAGCCAGGGCGCGCAUGUUUUGUUCGCCCUUUUCUCCGUCAGUUGGGCAGCUCGGCGCCCAUUCAGCCGCUGGUAUGGACGUUGCAGUGGAUAGUGGAAAAGCCUUGAGCCAGCGUUGUUAGCAUACGAAGCGUUAAUAGGGAUCCAGCUGCGGAGUACUCCGAGGGUUUGUUUGCUCAGUACAGAACCUACAAUCAGUUUAAUGUCGUUGCAACACGUACAAUAAAUUCUCAAUAUAGUGUUCUAUAGUGCUCGUGCGGUCGUGCUACCCAGAACGUAGCCUGAAAACUUCCAUCGAUAAUGGAAGCAACUCCGCUGCAGCACUUGCAGAGCGCUCCUUCGCUUCAGCCGAUAUUGAAACGGAACUGAAGCUACCUGGUGUUUCCCGAACCCAGGACACGGGCACCGACACACCAGUCAUGAUGGCAUGUUCCGUGCAGUAGUGUGGAAACACUUGAGACCUUGAGGACCGGAUGCUUCGCGCUGGGUCGCCGAACUCGGGAGGAUGAUGCGUCAGGAAACAGGCGAGAUACAGGCGACGGGGUAUCUGCACCAGCGGAUCAGCAUCGAAGUCCAACGCGGGAACGCGGAUGACCCUUGCCAAUCAGCGUUUCCGGCAGUUCGACGGCUUUGGAUUGGCAGCGAGUCCAUCAGCCAUCGGAUGGACAGUGCUUGUUGUCUGGGAUACAUUCGGGACAUGAACGGUGACAACGUGUUGGUGGACUUUGACUCCUUCACAGCGCCACCGCCAAUUCCCCACCAAUGUCCGUGUGAGCUGUACGGGUGACCUACCAGUUACCGCCGUGGCAUGUGACAUAAACAGGCAGCCGUGCCACCGGUACUUUGGGCGGCGACGCUACAGGACGACGCUGAGACCAUGCAACAAUUCAUUUUGAUUUUAACUAGGUACAUGUCACAGGGUACCAAAUUCGUGUACGCACACGAAAACUUACCCUUUCGCCCACUCUAAAACAGUUUUUUCGCAGCGUUUUAUGACAUUCCGCUGCUAGAUGAUCUGUAUACAUUGGCGUGAAAACAGUUUGUGGGGUUGUAACGUCGGGUUGUGGAUUAUGACUGUUAGAAAAUUCCAAAAAAUCAGAGCACGUUGAACUGUACAAACAGUGUAAUUAUGGACCACUCUUCUACAAAUUUUGCAUGGAUGUACAUAUAAGCAUACUUAUACAGCUCGUUAACCCGAUCCAAUGCUUUAACACGUUCUCCAGAUUUUAAAAUGUACCCCGAAAAUUUUAUAAUUUAUUUAAAAGUUAUUAAAAAAAUGAGGAAAAUAUGGUUCGGUGUAAAAACGAUCCCCAUUUGUACAUGCAUUUACGGGUAACGUCUGUAUAAGAUUGGUUCGUAAUCAAAACUUCGAUACACCUGAAAUUGGUCCUGAAUGCAUUUAAAGGUUUUGGAGAUUUCUCAUUACUCCGCAGUCGGCUGCUACGCGCCCAAGCGGAUUUCACGCCAAAGUAUACAAAUCAUUUGGCUACAAGAAUGUCGUGAAACGUUGAGGAAAAUAUUUGGGAGGGAGCGAAAUGGAAAGUUUUCGUACAUGCACGCGCAUUUGAUACCAUUUACCGGGGUACGAAAUGCGCGUGCACCUGUACAUUUUAUUUAUUUGGUACUUGUGCAUUUUAUUUUAAAGGGUCACUUCCCUUAAGGGAAAUGGCCCGAUAUAUAUACAUGGCGUCACCGGUGGGAUAUAUACUAUAAUAUACACUAAAGCUUUUACUUUUGCGCAAUUUUGCGGAAAAUCUUACGAAAUGGCUACGCGUAAGAGCCUCCCGCGCUACAAGUUUUGGCUAUAUCUCGCGCGAGACGGCGAGAGUAUCUCGCGCUUUGAGUAUGGGCUACGCGCGAGUUUUUCCCGGCACAAUAAAACUACUAACAAAAAGCCGAAUUCAGUGUAUUUAUCACGUCAUGGCAGCUAAUGAUUAAGGUCACCUAUUAAUGAAAGUAAUACAAGAUCGGACAGUCCCGGCAUUGUACAUUUUCUAAAUAGGAAAUUCGAAAUUUCGCCACUCUCAGCCGCUAUGGCGUCAGAACUUAUAAAGUUUGAAGUAGAUAUGAGUUUCGAGAGCGGCCGAGCAAUCGAGAGAGCGAACACAUCCAGUCUUUGUAAAUCGUGGCGACAAUGCCCAAACGUCGAAGUCGAAGUAUUAGCCGGACAAAAUUAAUGCAUAAAGGUUACAGUUAAGGAAUUGUGGUCGUGGGAUACCUGCACAGGGGCCACAGGUGUGGGUUAGCCCAGUCAGUUGCUGCCCUGCGAAUGGGUCGCUGAUUUUUUUCAGUUCUACGUACCUCUGCUUGUGCUAAUGUACCUCACGAAGCACAAGGCUACCAGAUCCAACAGAUUUUCAUAAAGCAUGCCGGGCUUCUUCUUCACCAAAAUAUUGGUUCUGCAUGUGAACCGCUCCUCCACUGAAAGCCUGCGGCUACACUCAGACCAUACGAGGAGUAGAGAGGACAGCCGACGACCAGUAGCCACCGGUUGAAAAUGGCGUUGUUGAGGAGAGUCUGCCGACCAGACUGGAUCUCACUCAAACCAUUUGCCAUUUUUAUUGCGUUUGGAGUGCGAAGCUAUGCUGAUCUGCAGCGGUCUGAUUGAAAUCGCAAGAAACUACCUCUACUAAUACUGCAUCCGAUAAUUAUAAUUCCAGAACGUUUCAAUGAGAAAAUCCUAGAGUAACCCAGGAAGUGGAUUGCGAUUGUUAAAGCAGUGAACCUGUCGACGUUGUUUGUUGUACGAUCAUCCUUAUGUCCUCACCAAUCGUGGGAGAAUGAGUCACCUUCUGGUGGUAGCUGCCGUGGCUGUCUGCUUGGCCAGCUUUAUUCCGAACAGUCUCGCCUGUGUCUGGACGCCGAAGAGAGCCCAGAAGCAGAAGGAACCCGUGGAUACAAUUCUCUCUUUAGUGGACGAGAUUCUGAACGAAGCGAAGAAGCGCAACAGCAACGGCACGAUGCAUUUGCGGCGAUUCGGGCGAGGUCCCUCGGUGGCGGGCUAUCCAAACACGGAAUGGCCGCCGCAGACGGAGCUGAUUCAAGCGCCCGAAGGCGGCACGCUCUUCCUUCCUUGCAACAACACGAACAGGCUGGUUCCCCACACCAAUAUUCCACCGGCGUGCACACGCAAUGGACUCUUGCUCACGCUCAAUAAUGCCCCAGUAUUUCGACACGAGUUGAAUCAAAGACAUUCUUAUUGUAACUGCACAAAUAGAACAGGUACCCGGCAAGGACUUGGGUGGCACUCGGUCAGUGCGGGCAACUACGAUCGGGACAGCGGGGCGUUUACCAUCGCACUGGAUAAUUUCACCUACGCCCACAGCGGUCUGUACGAGUGCCUGCACUCCAACGGCAGCCAGCUGGUGGUGACGAAGCGGUAUUAUGUCAGCGCGACCCUCUUCCGCCCCAACGUCUUCCAACCGCCCAUGCAGAACGUCACGGUCCGCCACGGCGACCCCGCGGCGAUGGUCUGCGCGGUCCGCUUCAACUUCCUCCCCGGAAAACUGGCCACCCGCUUCCUGUGGCGCAGCGAACGCCACUGUAUGAUCGCCGAAUCCAUCGCGGAGGUCGCUAAAAAGGCCAAAUUGUACUGGGGAUUCUAUGGAGGUUUUGAUUUCAACGAAAAUGACGACGGUGGCUGUAGCUCCACAAUGACGAUCCAGAGCGUCACGUGGCAAGAUGCCGGGCGGUACGAGUGCUGGUUGCGUAUCAACGAUCGUCUCGACGAGUGGAUCAUGCAGGAAGCAUAUUUGCACGUCGUUUAAUCACAGCCAGCGUUUGGCUAACGGUUCAACAAUUGCGGGUACAUCGCGUUUGGUUAGCAUGUUUCGUUUCUUUGCAAUGGUCGAGUGUUUUCGUUGGGGCAGUGUUAUGUGCAACCCAAAAAAGCUUGUUCGGAAAUUGUGAUGCGACGCAACUCGGUGGGAUCUGUGACGCAUUCCUGUGACCUUUAUGAAUAAUAUGACAUGAUAUGAAUUAUUGGGGU